AUUGUAUCUACCCGGAACUAUUUUGGCGGAGGACCAUCGAAGCCGCUGCGGCAUUCCGGCGCUGUUUUUGUUGCUGGUGUGACUUGUGAGAAUAUUUUGUCACAACAUGUCCACGGCGGGUUUAAAAUGUCCCUGCUGCGGCUCGUCCAGCAUUGUGGAGGACGACCAUCACGCUCACCGUCAGAUGGUCUGCGUGGACUGUGGCGCUGUGGUGUCAGAGGGGGCUCUCACCCACGAUUUUUUCGAAGGCACAGAUGUCAGCUACAGCCGCACAACUGCUGUUUCUAAAAAGCCAUGUUUAAACCAGAUAAAAGGCCAGCAGCGACUGACGGCCCUGUGCAGAGUCCUACGGGUCAACGCUGAAGUCGAGACACUGUCAAGCACGUAUUUCGCGCAGGCUUACGAGCACGAGAGCUUCCUGAAGGUGAGCCUACAGAAGAAGGAGAACUUGGCCGGCUGCUGCGUGCUGGUGAGCUGCAGGCAGCUCAACUGGCCCGUCACCAUGGGCACCAUCGCCUGCCUGCUGGAGGCAGAUAUUGCGAUACUGGGCGCCGUCUACCAAGAGAUGAUGAAGGUUCUCAAGGUCGAGGCACCACUCGUCAACGUGAGCGACGUGAUGGAGGCUCAUUGUCAAGAGUACAAAAUUAGCUCCCUCGAUGUGCAUGAAGACCUUGCCGAGGACCGCAAGGACUUAAACAAACGAGCCUUGUCCCUCGUGGAGCUGGCGGCCGACUCCUGGAUUCUAACCGGCCGCCAGCCCGUCCCCUUAAUGAUGGCGACGGUCUACUUGGCCUGGCAGUCCCUCAACCCCAACCACAUUCGCCUCAAAGUGUCCCUGGAGAAGUUUUGUCUCAUCGCCAAGGUGAAAAAGAACCGGGUCGCCGUGAAGAGAGUGAGCGAGAUCAAGGGGGUCCUUUGCAAACUGGGGAAGGAGAUCCCUUGGGUGACGGAUCCGGUCACGUCGGACAAUGUGGUUAAGCACGUGGGGGAUAUUGUCAAGAACAGAUAUGCUCUGCUACGGAGCGCUAUGAGGAGCCACGAGGAGGCCAUGCGGGAUAGUCAAGAAGAGGAGGUCAAUCCCUCUGAGGCCGAUGAUCAGACUCCACACGCAACCAGUGAGAAUUCAGAGAUGGCUGAACAGCCACGGGAAGGUAACGAGUCCAACGCGAAUCAGAAUCCCGUCCCCAACUGGGGGAAGAGGAUGCUUUUUGCGCCACCGUGUGUGAUUCACCCCAAGAGACGGAGAGCGGCGCUCGAAGGCCUCAAAGAUGUGACCGGCGACGAAGAUAUCUCGGACGGCGAGAUCGAGUCUUACAUCCGCACCCCAAGAGAGGCCAGGGAAUUUGCCGUCACGCAGAAGGCUUGGUUAUCACAGAGCGAGGAGGCCAAAUGUCAAUAAUCAGGACUGGCGCUACUGGAUUGAUUGACUCAAGAGGAGAUUUUCUUUUUGUUUUUUCAACCAUUUCCUUAAUUGGCCAAGUCUGUAAUUUUGAUGUUUUAUUAGAAGCCUUAUUAAAGAAGAUACACACAGUA